UAUUACUAUUAGAAUGGGUGGACUCAGAAGCACCCAAAGAUCCUGAUCUGAUAUUAAAAAUCUCAGGAUUCGAACCUGGGACCCCUGGUUCAGAAGCCAAGCAAUUUACUGCUCAGCCUAUGCACCUCCUAUGUCUUCCCAUUAGUCAGUAUCAAUUUUCACUGCUUUGAGGUCCCGUUUGAUUACAUCCAGAUCUACAUAAUGUAGGUGGGGACAACCAGUUUUUUUUGAGCCAGUAGCAAGUUAUCAUAAAGGAUGACUUUUGGGAUGCGAUUUUUCUCCAUCCAACAAACAUGACCAAGCCAGCACAGGCGUCAUUGUAUGAGGAUUGGGAAGACCCACUAUACAGGAUGCAUCACAGGAAUACCAAUGAAAAUUUUUUUAUAUGCCUACCUCUAAGUUGAAAUCUUAAGCCUAAUUAUGCUUAUUUAAAAAGAAAUAUAUUUUAAAAAAAACCUACUAGAAUGGGAAAGACAGAUAAUACUGGAAAGGAAAAGGAGACUUCAAUGGUUUUAGAUUUGUCAGAUUUUGUGACUGAAGUGGACAGAUUCUCUCGACUAAUAGAACCAUUUGCUUUGGUUUUUUAUUUCAUUGAUGAUUUGCGAAGGUGGCGUUUUUGUAAGUCAACUAUAGUCCUUUGGCUGAUAUGCAAUGUGGUUUGCAUUUGGAUUUCUCAGGGUGCUGUGUUUGUCCUGGCAUCAAGUUUAGUAAUUGGCAUUGCGACUGUAUCUUUAUUUCAAAUUCAUACUGGGAUACUGGGCAAACUUUUACCUAGUAAUGAGAAAACAUCUAAAGUCAGUGAUACGGAGGAGGUGGAAGGUACAUUAAGCACAGUGCAGAAUUUCAGAUAUAGUCUAAUUGAAAUGCAUGACUUUGUUGUGAAGAGCAAUGAAUAUCUGAACUACUUCUACUCCAUCAUUAGAUGGGAUUCAUUUGUGCCAUCAGUCAUCUACCAUACAGAAGUCUGUGUUUUCUUGUUGAGUAUUGUGAUGUGCCCAGCACGGUGGAACUGCUUCCUCAUAAUCAAUUGGUUUUUUCUUUGUCAUCCUCAUAUCAUAAAAAGAGGAUACAAAUACUUCAAAGAGAACAAAACCAAUUUUAUAGUCACAAAUAAACCCAGCUCAGAAGAAAAAAAACAGGUGAAUGAAAAUGAAGAUAACAAUGAUGAUGAUCUUAGUGGCGAUGACAGUUCUGAUUUUGACAUGACAGACUCUGUUAGUGAUACAUCUAUGAUUCAACUGGAUCCAUCUCCAUCAAAGCCUGGAAUGGUUGCUAGACUAAUGGAAAUAAAAAAACGUAGGAAACAAACUGCAAGUGAGACCUGUCUAGGGUGUAAAGUCUCCUUUGCUUCUAUUUUAAAAAAGCGACUAUAUUGUCGACACUGUGGCUACAGUUUUUGUAACAGAUGUUGUUACCAAAAAGUGCCCCGUUCUGUAUUUGGAGCCACUUCCCCAGCAGCUUUGAAAGAAACAGUUUUAGUUUGCUGCUCAUGUCAUGCUGUUCUCACUAGUCAAAGUGGAGGAAACUUAGACACACCAGAUAAACCAGGACCUGGUUAAUGAUCAAGGCAUUUCUUACGUGUAACUAAAAUGGUUUACAAAGGUUACAAUUUUCUCUUCAUGGAAGAUGAACUUGAUUAGUUUAGAACUGUGGACAAUGUACUUUGUGAGCUGACAUUUACAAAUAGUACAAAUCAAAAUAUUUUUAUUUUUUUUGCAAAAGAAAAAAAAAGGAACAUAAACCUUAUUGUGAAGUUGGUGUAAUUCAUAAAUUGCCAUUACAGAUUUAAAACUAACAUUGUUUUUUUUUUACAAAAUGAAGGCAGCCAUAUAAUUGGACCAAAUGAUUUCUUUCUUGUUAAUCUGUUUUAAAAAAGCUUCACUAAUUUCUACAAAUGUAUAGGCUGACAUAAUUAUUUUGUUUUAACCCUCUUUAAAAAAAGUACUAUGAAACUUACCUUUAGAUAAAAUUAAUAACAAUUUUUAAAUUAAAUUGGACCAGAUUAGCAGAUUAGUGUUAUAUUAAAUUCUGCCUUAUUUGGCUGUGACUAGUACAUUAUGCAACUAAUGUCAGGUAAUAUAUUCCAAUGCAUGUUUAUAUGAAAAUAACCUCCACUGGUGUGAAAGACCCAUACAAUACCAUAUGAAUAGAAGUGUACUAUUUGUGAAGUUAUUCAUUUAUUCAUUAUUUUGAAAGCCACACCCAUUGAGCUAUACUAACUGGGUACUAGAUCUAGUCCUUAUCUAGUCUAUAGUUGUGACUUUAAACACUACAUUAUAAAUUGCUACAUUAAAAAUUGUUCAGAAAUUUAAUUCAUAAUGUGGCACAAACUAAUAAUGAAUGACACAGAAUUUGAACGCAAAUAUUUGUUUAAUAUUUAUACCUCAUAUAAAGAAAAACAUGUAUCUUUUUUAUAAUUGUACCUAAUUUAAAUUAAUGACUUGCCUUUCUUGAAUACAGAUUUUAGUGGGAGUUAAAUUAAUCUUCUGGUACAUUUUUGAAUAUAUAUGUCACAAUGUGUUUUGAUUUGGAGAACUGUGUAUAGAUAAUAUUUGGGUGAUAAUCAUGUGCAAGGAAAUAUGCAGUUUAUGUUCAAUGGCUGAAGUGCAAUAGUUACAAUAUAGGCUUAGCUUCUCUAUUAUCAAGGCUUUAGAUUGACGUCAUAUUCUUUGGUUGAAAAAGUCACAAAAGCUUUUUAUUUUAUAAUAAUUAUUCUAAUUAUUUAUUUUUGAUUUGUAAAACAAAAUAUUUAUUGUGCGCAAGAUAUUUCUUCAGCUGAAGACAUUAUGAUCAUAGCCUAAUUUAUAUGUGAAGAAAAUACUGCUGGAUUAUUAUAUGGUCCAUUCAGUUGUAGUUUGAGGAUUGAUGGUUGCAAAUGAAAAGCAUGUUUUUUUUACUUUUUUUGUUAUAAGUUAUUGUUGAUUUUUUUUUUUUUGUCAAACUAUAUAGUAUUUAUGAAAAGUAGUUUUUUUUUUUUAUCCUUCUUAUACUAAAAGUUUGAGAAAAGUUUAUAUUGAUUUGGAACUCAUCUGUCUGUGAAGUAAGCAAGCUCUAAAAGUCUUCAGGUUUAAAAAGCUAUGUAGGUCAAGAGAUACAUAAUUUUAAAAAAAUGUUUUGAAUGUUUCAUUUUAAAGACUUAAAAAGAAAAAUUAAUUUUCAGUUCCUGAACUUUUUACACAUUUUUUGACAGAAUUUCAUAGGCCUUGAAAAUAUCUUAAAACAAAAAAAAAAUGUAAUCAGAUAAUGUUGUCGUUGUUAGAACUGUAAACAAUUUAUUUAAAAAAUUGUUAGAAUGUACAAAAUUUAAUAAACAUUUUAGUUAACAAAUUGUUACAAAUAAAACUGAUACCAAAGUAAUAAAAUCAGGUCACCCAGGGUUCUUAAUUUUCACAUUCAGUUGUGCAUUUUGGAAUAUUUGUUAUUGUUUUGUUUUUUCUAAAUAUAUAAUUAUAAAGUAUCACUUAAUUCAGUUUAUUAUCACCUACCUUAAAUUAUUGACAAGUAAGACUAUUGUUUCUGAAGAUUCAUUUGAAAGAAAAUCAUUCUUGUUUUUUUUUUUUUACCCAGAAAGUGUUCCCCAUACUGUGGCUUAUAGUAUGUUAUUAGUCAUAUAUUUACAUUUUUUAGCUUUGGUAAGAUUUUAUUUGUCUCUGUAUAUGUUAUUGCACAAAAGUUACAAUUUCUUUUUAUUAUUAUUAUUAUUUACAUUAUUUCAAGAUCUUUUUUUGGACUACUCAAGAUAAUCUUUUUUUUUUUUUUUUUGGUUACAAUAUUAGUUCCUUGCAUAAAUUGCCAAAAGUAUAAUUAUACUUUGAAUUUCCUCUGACUAAUAUUUGCUGUAUUGACUGGUGGAGCAGGACUAAAUAGUUAGAUAGUUGUAUUUAGUUUGUUAAUUUAGUUUGAUAAUCUUUUUUUUUUUUUUUUUUGGUUACAAUAUUAGUUCCUUGCAUAAAUUGCCAAAAGUAUAAUUAUACUUUGAAUUUCCUCUGACUAAUAUUUGCUGUAUUGACUGGUGGAGCAGGACUAAAUAGUUAGAUAGUUGUAUUUAGUUUGUUAUUUUUGGUUUUCCUCCUUUUUUUCAUUUAUUAAGCACUCUGAUUUUCUUGAGCACCAAUUCUUAGUAGAAAACUUCCUUCAGCCUGUAGAACUAAAGUGUCAUAAAGUUAGUGUGUAAUAGGUUUUAAAAGUUAUGGCCCAUUAGACCAAAGCAUUUGCAAGGUUGCCUUAUUAAAAAUUAAAAUGAAAAUCUCCAAGGGCAGUUCUAAAGUUUUGAAAGGAUCCAUAUUUGUGCCUCAGUACUUUUAUUUCGGUUUAAAUAUAUCAUAAAUGUACAAGUUCACUGAGGCAUUCUGUUUGGCACAGUAUGAUGUACAUGUUAACUGUGGCAUACAGUACAGUACCAUGUACAUGUUAAAUGAGGCAUGCUGCUUUUCUAUAAAUGUAUAAAACACUCAUUUAGUAUUAAAAGAGCAAAGCAAACACAUGUUGAAAUUUAAAUUUAUUUUUGUUGUUAAUGAAAAUAAAUUUUACAAAAAAGGACUUUCUCCAAUGGAUAUCAAAAAUUUUUAUUUUUUUUAAUUGUCUACACAAUUUGUACGGCAGAUAUAUUUUUGCAACUAUAAAUGGUGAGAAAUAAUGACUUUGAAAAUUGUGAAAAGUUUCAGGUAAAUAGCAAGUUUUUUGUUUUUUUUCAAAAUGUGUGUCCAUCAGAUAUGUUUGUUUCACCAAGUAAAACUUUUAACACUUCCCAUAUUCUAUAUUAAUUUUAUGAGGCUGUGAGACCUUUUAUUGUUAUAAUUGGUCUGUAAAUAUUUACAUUUUUUUGUUGUUACCAUACUAUACAAGUAAAGACCACUUUUAUAUUACUAUCAACUCAUUUUUUUUGUUUUCAAAGCUUAUGUAGAUUGCAUAUAAGAAACAAAAAUCCACACUUAUUUGUUUUUAACUUUUCUGUGUAAAUGUGUAUUCAAUUUUUUUCUGUAGCAUUUAAAAGAGCCAUCAAACUGCUUGGGUAGUUUAGAAUGUAUUGUGUGCAACUCAAAAUGUUGUUUGAUUGCUUCUUUCGUAUGUUGUCAAUGAAAGAUUCUUUUUCUUAAAUUAUCUUUUUAAACUUGAAAUAAAUGUAAAGCUAUCCUU